AUGAAGAUUUCAUAUCUUCGAUCCCGUUGCCUGGCGAGGAUCGCGAAUGCUCUUGCUCUUUUACUUUUACCUGUCACCCUUAGCAUUGAUAUCACGGACAACACAUAUUAUGCCAUUUCCCCAAGAGAAGUGGAUGCCAACGUCGAUGUUUCAGUUUUGAUUUCCGGGAAUAAUUUCCUCAGUGGUUUGGAUUAUGAAUGUUGGUUUGGGAUGGAGACACAUGUUACCGCAUCAUAUGAAAGCGACAGUUUGCUGAGAUGUGGAACAUUUGCGUGGGAUAAGGCGUCUACUCUAGUGCAAGUUGUUGUCAAACACGGGGGAUCUGACUUGAGUUUUGUCGGUGAUGCCAUAAAUCAAACUAUCCACUUUCUAGAUGGUUGGACGAGUGCGAAUGAAACAUACCUGCUGUCAACUUCGCCGUAUGCAGUCCGUGUCGAUGGAUUCGGUUUCAAUGAGAAUUUCUCAUAUACUUGCCGAUAUUCGCCACUUGAUGGAAAUUCGCCGUUUGAUACUCAAGCUCUCGUGGUCGGAUUCUUCACCGUGCUUUGUCCAGCUCCGUAUUGGAACCGUACAGAGAGCAUGGCAACUUUUACCCUGCUCAGGGGGGAGAAUUUCUCGGUUGUCACGAAUCGUGGGGAGGAGCAUCCUAUUUAUUUCACGGGCUCAUGGAGAAGCCUUUCUCCCAGCACCGGCUCGUCUUUGGGGAAUAUGCUGAUCACGAUCAGCGGUGGUGGAUUUUACUUCAGCUCUGCCAAUCCAGAUGAAAUCCUUUUCAGUUGCUCUUUUACCUGUGGCAAUUUUACCAGAAACUCGCCCAUCAAACUUGCUGCAGUCUCCCCAGCCGUCGUCCUAUGUAGAGUACCGACAUGGCGAUAUCAUGCAUGCCUUGCUAGCGUCCAGCUCUUCCGGCAGGGCUUCCCUUUAUCGAGCACGCACUCAAACUCAUUUCUCUAUUACUCCAUUGUGCAAAAGAUCUACAGCGCCGUCUUCCCCAACGGAGGCAGUUACACGCUGACAGUCAGAGGUGGCGGCUUUGAUAAUCACAAGCAGUACAGCUGUUCUCUCUCAGACUCUAACGGCGUCUCCGUCAACUCCUCAAUCUUCCAAUACAUUGCUGACAACGAGCUUCACUUUUUUGCUCCUCAAUGGCCGAUGUCAGUCCAGUCAAGCAAUAUUGACGUUAAGGUGCUAGAAGAGGGUUCGUUGCUGAGACAGACUGAUGGCAUGGAGAACUAUGACGUCUACUACGAGGCAGGUGGUGUGUCGUCUAUAUCGCCAGUGGAGGGCCUGGCGGAGGGAGGGCUUUCAAUCAACGUGACUGGGAUCGGAUUCAGUACCAUCUCACCUUACUUGCUGGAAUUCAGACAAGCAGCGAUGAACGAGAGUGUGCUAUCAGUCAAAGGACCUUGUCAAGUUUGGUCGAGCACGAGCAUGACGUGUUUGAUCCCCAAAUCUUUCUUCUCCUCCGAUUCUUCAGCGAACGUUUCUCUCUUCCAAGAGACAGGAACAUCCCGCCUUGUGCCUGCAGUCUCCAACUCGCAGCUGAGCUUCACGUUUGUACAGUUUUGGCGCGGAAUUUCACCAAGUGUCGUGCUGGUCAAUUCGUCAAAUGCCAUAUACGUGAAUGGAUAUGGGUUUUCUUCCAAUCAAGCUUACACAUGUCAAUGGAACCGGAUAGGUUCUCAGGAUACUUGCAACUCUACUUGCUCUUGCCAAUCAAGCGCAUACUUCUCGUCUCAGGCAUCUUUCAUUAACAGCACUAGCCUCGCAUGUGAUGCUCCCAAUAUUGACCGUCACUCAUACUUCUGCCUCAGUGUUUGCGUUACAAACAGCUUGGUUUCCAACUCCUGUCUUCUCUUGGAAGCCACUUCAGAUCAUUCUCUCUUGUCUAUCAUCCCGCAAUGGACCAACACUCAAGUCCGCGAUGAGAAUGAAUGUGUCUUGUCAAUAUCCCGACAAGGCUCAAUCGUCUCCGUCCAAGGCCUCGGGUUCGUCGAGACCAGCAACUAUUCCUGUCAUUUCUCGAACUCACAAAUCUCAAUCUUCCUGCCAGCAGCUUUUCAGAGCGACCAGCGGCUGACUUGUACAUCUCCAGCCUUACAGGCUGCAUCGCAACAGCUCAACCUACGUCUGUACAUCGACGUUGACGGUGUGAAUAUUCCUUCCCUUCAGGAGGGAAUCGGUCAAUUGCAUGUAUCAAACUCAACGUGGGUAGUAGAAGAUCAGGUCUUCUCCGCCGCUUCUGACUCUUUCAUCGUCCGAGGAUUCAAUUUCUGCGCUUCCCAGGCUUCAUCCCCCAGCCUACCGUGCCACUACCGGUGUGACUUCACUCUGACAGACUCUGGACGCUGCGGCUCGAUGUUGGGCUGCUUCGAGAGCUGCAGCUGUAAGUACGUCAACGACACUUCCCUCGCUUGCUCCUUCACCAGGUGGUCCUGCAACUUUCCCUCUGCCAAAUUGCUCCUGCUGGAGUCGUCAGGGAGUGACUGGAAGCCUGUCGGUUCCCCCCCGUCAACGGCCGCAGGCAUCGUCAACUUUGUGCAGUACUUGGAGAGUCUCUCGCCUUCAGAAGGAGUGGCAGAUCAGUCGACGGACGUGACCGUCUACGGCUUCGGUUUCUACGAUGCUGACACGGUCACUUGUAGAUAUUCAAACGGCUUCUCCUCGUCGGGCGUCUACCAGAGCAACCGCAGCGUCGUCUGUCAGGUUCCAGCUAUUACCCCCGACUACCGCAUGCCAAGCCGGUUCAAAGUUGACAUCGAGCUGAACAACGUUACGAGCGUAGGAAUGGACCUGAGGUUCAGCUACAUCCCCCUCUUCGUCCGACUUGCCGACUACUUCAACGCUUCCUCCAGUGUUCACACCAGGACCGUCUGCUCGAACUUGAACCUCACUCUCGUGGUGCUUGCAUGGGACCCUUCCUUGACUUACAUUGCCAAGUUCGUGGGUUUGUCGGGAAGGAAUGUCACCGUUCAGCUGAGAAACAGCUCGACCCCUCCAUACUACCACCUUGUCCUACCGAGCUGGCCCUACGAAGCAGAGGAGGCGAUAGUCAAAACAUUUUCGCUUCAAGGAGGGAAGGAGACCGAGAUUGAAAACGUAGGUGGCAACGAAUACCUCUUUGACAUGCAGCCGCUCCUUGUCAGCUACGCCGUCUCCUGGCCUCCCUUCUGUUCCCCUCGCUGCCCUUCAACGGUCUUCAACGUGCAGGGCUGCGGCAUCAGGGGAGACCUGCCGCUGACUUGCAAGAUAUCCGGAGGCAAUAGUAAGUACGAGACAGCAGGGGAGUUCAAGAACCUGAGCGCUGUUAAGUGCACGUUCGAUCAAAGUUUGCUGAUCGGCUACAGAGCGGAUGUGCAGUACCGACUUGACCUGUACAGCUCUAUGGGUACUUUAGGGUGGGUCAACUCGGACAGCAGCCAUGUCAUGUUGAGCGAGUUCUGGACGGCGAUCGCGUGCGAGCAGGAGACGGAUGGGGUCUGCUCUAUGUACACGUCAGGUGGGCAGCUGCUGAUCUUGCAAGGGUACGGGUUCGGCAACGUUUCGUAUAGGCUCAACCUCUCAAGCUCCACCUUCUCGCUUCUUACUGACCCUGCGAUCGUUCUCGACUCCCGUCGGCUCUCCUUCACUAUCCCGACCUGGCCAAGGGAGGCGAGCGAGGUUUCCCUCACGCUCUGCAAGGACAGCGACACUGCCGCGUGCUCGCACACUGUCGCCUUCUCCUCGUUCUUGAAGCCCAACAUGAAGUACCUGGCGGUUUGGUGGUUCGAAGUCCAGCCGUCCAUUUCAAGCUUGUUGGACUCUCAGUUGCGCUUCUAUGGCAGGGGGCUCAACCCGCAACGGUCGUACCAGUUUCAGUUUGCCUGCAAUAGGGGAGGGACGACCAGUCAGGUGGUGAUCGACACCAUCUCAAACCUUGCCUACGACAGUUUCACCGCUUCAUUGCCAGCCCUCUCAUGCACAGAGAACACAGUCAAAGUUACGUUGUCCGAGGCUGUCAAGGGUUCAGCCACUUGGUCUGUGGUGCUGGUUGAUCCAGGAUCCUCCCUGGCCCACCCUGAUGCGAUUGUUAGCUCCUCCAUCCACUUCACUUCCCUUGUCUUGUCCAUCAAGACCGUUGCCAACAACUACCUCCAGACUUUUGAUCUCUGCUACUCUCAACAGUCUGGCUCUAUCUGGGUCCAAUCCAACUCCUCAACCAUAGCGCUGACUUUUGUCGGCAAGGACACGUCAGGAGCCUUUGACUACUUCUGCUGUUUCCGUCUCAGCACAGGGCAGACAGUCACGUCAAGACUAGAGGGGGACGUUUGCACCACUCCUUCCAUAACUGGCUCACAGGCUGUUCUUACUGUACAGUCAAGGCUGGUGGCGCAGCCGACGCAGAUAACCUUUGUGGACUUUGGAUGCAAGGUUGGAUCUCGUUACAACGUAACGGGGACCGAGCUGAACGUCUCGACUCUCCCCUCUGUCAGUCGCGCCUCCCCUCGCAGUAUUGAGAGCUACCAGUCUCCUGUGACGGUCUUCGGCUCUGGUUUCGACCCCUCGGUCUCCUACCUUUGCCACUUCUUCGUCACUGACCCCAGCUACGUCUGGCUUGGACUUCCUUGCGCUCCAUCGCCGUCAACCAACAUCUCGGAGACUUCCAUGUUGUGCACACUCCAAGAAUGGUUGUAUCCUGCCAGUGACGCCAACUUGGGCGUCUCCUACGCACAGACGCUAACGCUGCAGGAUCAGAUCUCAAGCAGCGACACUCGCGUGUGCUUCGUACAGCUGAUUCAGCCGCAAGUCCUCAAGCCCGGAGUUUUCCUGCGCGUAGAGAACGAGAUGAUGAUGAUGCAGCGGGUUGAUGGAAAUUGCACCAUCGUAAUGAGAGGAGUAGCCGGGACUGCAAGUCUGCCUCACCCCUCAGACCUUGUCGUUUAUGUCAUGCUCCCUGUUCAGUCCGGUCUGUUUCCGAUUGUCUCCAUCCAGGCUUGGUACAACCUGAGCGCAACUCAGGCGCCUCUGCAUGGAAACACCUUGUUGGUGAUGUCGACCGCGGGUUUGAACCUGACAGUUCCUCCUCAAACCAAACAACUUGACAUAGCUGGGACCACAGACGUCAUUGCUGUCUCAGGUGCGAACUUGUACUGGGGGAUUAUGUUCGACAUUGAUGCGAAGAAAUCUAUCAACGUGUCCAGUUUCACUCUUGCCUCGAGCGCAGAUUCGCAUUUCAGGCUUUUCAUGAAGAGCUGCGGCGUUGCUGAUACAAACUGCGGGUUCAAAAACAACGAAUUCAACUCCGACGUUUGGACUGAGUUGGAUAUCAAUAUCACUGCCGAUGGAAGCAAUGUGAAGAUAGAGAUGGUGGUCCCGCUGUACCUGCAAGGAGGGAAGAAGUACGGGAUCGUAAUCUACAGCGACGCGUCUCUUACUUACGGGGUUUCAAGUGUUGAGCUGACUGAGUUUGACGACUUCGUUGCUAUACUCCCUGGCGUUCUUUCCCAGAUGAAGACGACAGGCUCAGCUGUUCAGUUCUCCAAUGUUAUCGGAGAUUCCAGCACUCCCAAGAAGUUCAUCGGCAGAAUUUCUUACGUCAGUCAUGCCAUCGACGGCUACUCAUAUUCCUGUCACUUCCAAUCCUCCUCCCGACUGUACUCUUCGACUACGGCGCUGCUAACGGAAGAUGCUAUCUCCCUCUACCCCCUCACCCGCCCUACCCGCACCUUCUACUGUAUCGUACCACCCUGGCACUACGGCGAAGAGAUACUGCACUUUGCACUGCAAGGGAUUGAUGUCAACGGCAAGAAUUCCUCCACCUUCACGACCGACUUCUACAUGUUCUCAUACCUCGCUGAUAUCGUCGCGCACUCAGAAGGCAGUGCGGUAGGAGGCGAUCGGAUCAACCUGACCCUGAGCUUUGGAGUCAACGUGGCUGACUGGGUCGACCAUCGGUAUGAGUGCUACUACUGGCAGGAUUCCUUCCAUCAGAACACGAGCAUCGAGUACGUGAGCGACACUGAAGCUUACUGUAUCACUCCUUUGUGGGAGGGCUACAGCGGUCUGCUACAGAUCAUGGUGGCGCGACUAGAUAUGUUCUCGACCUAUCCUUACGUCAAGGUGAUCGAAAGACAGCUCAAGACCUUCGACCGGAUGCAGGAUACAACCAACUGCUCUGAUAUCCUCUGCUCUUCUUGCUUCGGUUACGGUUGCUUCUACUACGAGCUCAACGACACGCGCCCGGACUACAUCGACUACAGUGUCUACGAGACCAUACAGAGUCCAAUAUACCCAACGACCUCCACGGCUGCGGGAGACACGAUCUUCACUAUCAGUGGGGCCGGGUUCAACCCAUCCUUGACGUACGUCUUUGCGUUUGUCAGGGGAGACGAGAUGGUUAUGGUGGACGGAACGGUGGAGAGCAGGCAACUGAUAGUGUCUAACUACACGGUAGCAUGGGGAGAGUUCUUUGUUGGAAACUACAACCUGACUGACGUCAGCACGUUCAUCGACGCAUCCUUGUACAAGUUAGCAGCAUCUUCUACCGUCUCACUUGUCUCUGGUACCGCGGGUUGCGUCGAGUUCACAAGCGGCAUGGAAGUGGUGCUGAGCUCCGAUCUGUUGGGUCAGGCUGGUUACAUAGCUAUCGGCAGUCAGUACUUCACGUUUGAGUUCGGAGCUGAUCAGAAGACAAUCAACUUACUGGCAAGAAGCAAAAGGUUCCCAUCGCAAUCGAAUCUCGUCUGUGGGAACGAGACGGUGUCAACCUUCACCAAGGUGCGAUACAUCGACGAAACUCCCUCUUGGCCCGUUGCCUUCCAGACGUGCUGGAGCUCGCUGAACAAGACAGACUCGUUUGCGAAUGGAGGAGAAGUCGUUCAAGUCUCUGGCUUUGGUUUUCCGUCCUCCCAGCCGCUCACUUUGCAAUUUUCCACUGGCGACAACUUGACAACUUCAAGCUCUAUUGCUGUCAGUCUGCGAGCCUUGACGUUUCUGUCCACGGAGUAUGACUUCAAGCUGUCAAACGUCACGUUGCUGGUGUCAGAAACCCUUCAAAUCUCCCCUUGCUCGAGCUCGCAGUCUCAAUCUUUCUUGUACAAGCCUGUCUGGUUGGAGAUCGAUCGGUACUCGCUUCCGUCCAAAGGCGGUUACCUUGUCAUCAAUGGAUUUCUGUUCUCUGCCGACAUGCUGAUCACCGUCACAGUCAGGAACGCGAGUAAGGACGCGACGUUCGAGAUCGUCGCGUUGCGGCAAAUCCGAUGUUUGGUCCCUUUCUUCACUCCAGGCAUUGCGCAGAUCGUCAUCGAAGUGGAAGGAGUGGAGUUUUUGAACCUCAACAACCAUCAAGUCAACUUGUUUGCUGGCUGGGAUAACAUCAGUUUGACAACGGACUUUGCCUCUGCCGCAGGCAACGAGGUGUUCCUGAUCUACGGCUAUGGUUUUCAAAGUUUCUCUUCCUGCAGGUGUCGAUUCGGUGUUGAGAACCACAUGUACGCAGAUGUUACCAUCAAGAGCGACACCAUACUGGAAGGGUUGACACCUGAAUGGGGCAAAGAUUAUGCUGAGGAGCUUGUACAAGUCUCAUUGAUCUGUGACGACCAGGUCCUCGCCUUCACAAGCAUGGAAUCUUACAAUGUCACUUGUACCCUUGAGAACCCUUACUGCACUGUCAAGUUCACAGCCGUUCACUUCGUAGUCGAAGUCAUCAGUCGGCACGCCUAUGGAGGGCAGAGCUACAGCAUCAAUGGGAGCGGGUUCGACCCGACGGCGCCGUACAAGUGCAUCUUCUACAUCAACGGCGAGGCCAUCGAGGGUGCAGAGCAGCAGCCGAGCUCGACUACGUCGAUCGUCUUCCAGACUCCUGACUUCUCCCAGCGUCAGCAGGAGUCCAACUUUGGGUACUUGAUCCUCUACCGUAUGCCCAACUCCACCGUUGUCUACUCGGCACAGAACCAAACCUUCGAGAUUCUCCCUGCCUGGGUGCGGGUGACGCCGAAUCGAGUCUUAUGUAGCGGGCAAACGAUCGAAAUCUACGGGUCAAGCUUCACAGAGUCUGCUAACACUUACCAUUGUAAAUUCAGUGACGGGACAAACGUAAAAAUCACCGAUGUUGAAUUUGUCAAUAGCUCACUCUUGCGAUGUACACCAGUCUGGUACUACCCAGCGAAUAUCACGAAUCUGAACAUCAUCACCAAUGAUUCUGUUGUCAUUGAUUUCUUUGAUCUUUUUGGAACCGGGCAAACUGUCGAAUUUCUGGAGGUUAUCUCAGAUUACCAAGUUACGCUCCCUUGCCAGAGGGGCAACAAGUCUUUCGUUGUGCAGAUCGCAGGGUAUGGUUUCAAACCAGUCAACCAGUAUCGUUGUGUCUUCUAUACAGACAGUACCAGUCAGUCCCUCACCGACAUUCUGGAUCCUGCCACGACAUCGACACAAGUAACCUGGAACAGCCAAUCCUCGAUCACGUGUACAGUACAGUUCGUGACCAUCUUAUCGGAGAAAACCAUGGACGGGAAAUGUUUCAGCUUGAAUCUAUCGGACCCAGUACGAGCUAUAGGAUUGUUGGACAACCCCGGAGGAUCCAAAUGUGUCAAUUUCUCCUCGUACUGGAGCUUCUUGUCGCCCAACUAUGAUACUCAAAUUGUUCAAGUGUCAGGAGCAGGAUUCACCGACGGGUUGCAGUAUUAUUGCAAGUUUCCUGAGGUCGGGAUAAUGAAGGAUGCGACGGUAGUGAGUCCAUCGAGAUUAGUAUGUGCCUUGCCUGCAUCUGUCAAUGAGAACUCUACCUCCCUCUCUGUGCAAGUUUUGCUCCAGGAUCGCAUCAUCUGCUGCAGCGCAGGAACCGACUGCUUCCUGACCCUCGAGCCGUACUGGAGGACGUACGAGCCGAUGUCACCUCGCUUCCCUGCAAAGGGAGGAGCGGUGAUAACUGUUACAGGAGAGCUCUUCACCUACACCUCAAAGCUCUACUGCUUGUACGAGGGAACGUCGGGAACCAAGAAAAACAAUGAAGCGCUGAACCAAACCAGGGGAGCGUGGGCUUGCAAGCUGCCUGACUGGCCGAAGGCUGAGAAUGUGACCUUGCAGUUCAGGAUCGGGUCGGAUCCUGGUAUACUCCUGAGCGGGGCGACGAUACAGUUUGAGUUCUAUGAGAUGUGGGAGAAAAUUUCCUUCUCGUCAACCUCGGACUUGUCAAACGUUCCCUCCUGCGGCUCUGGGUCUCAGCUCAAGGUUCAUGGGUACGCCUUCAAUUGGACGCGGAGCUACAACUGCUCGUUACAGGUGGGACAAGAGACAAACGUGUCGUUGCCGGGAGUUGUGGUGAGCGACAAAGAGAUCAUCUGCGACGUUUCAAGUUGGGGCACCUCAAGACCUGCGUACCUGGGAGUUCCGAUCUCAGUCCGUCUGCUGUCAGGGGAUACAGUUAUUCCUCUGGAGCUCGCCGGUGCGGACGAGUUUCAGUUUGCUGAAGUCUUCUCCAGCCUCUACCCGACCAACGUGUCGGCGCUUCGGAUCUCACAGUUGGGAUUGUUCGGUUGCGGGUUCGAUGGGAGCGACGUCUACGGCGUUCAGUUCCUCGGAGAGAACAACACGACCGUCUCCUUAAACGAGUUUGCUGUCAGCUUUCAGAGCUACUCUGACCUUGUCGUGGAUGUGACUUCCUGGCAUUACCCUGCCGGGACCUUCCGGGUUCAACUUGAAAAUCUCAACAACUCGGCGUUGGCUCAGGGCUCUGCCCUGUUCACAGUUAUCCAGGGAUGGAGAUGUAUCUCCCCGACUAUCGCUGAAGCAGCGAGUCCAACACUGACGGUGGUCGGUGCUGGGUUUGUGACGGGAGGGAGUUACGUUCUUUCGUUGUCGUCAGCCAAUAACACCUUCAGCGCGCGAGCCUCGCUUGUCAACUACAGCACUCUUAUCUUCCAGUUCAAUGAGACGCAGGGGCUCGUAGCGAAGAAUUACUCUGUCUCCGUCCUCUACAACGGAUCGCAGGUUUACAGCAUUCUUGACCAGACAUGCUCCGACGUCGUAACGGUCGUUGAGACCUGGAGGCAACUUAACUCUACCGUGGGAUUCGCCAACGGAGGGGAGACGUUGCAAGUAGAAGCAUACGGUUUGAACCCUGAGUAUUUUUAUCAAUGUACAUUCACCGCAGUCAACACCUCCUCAAGCUGGACUGUCGAUGCUGCGUCAGCAACAGUGCCGAAUCGUCUGCUUUGCGUCACUCCACCAUGGGGGACCAUGUACCCAGCUGCGCUCACGGUCAAUCAUUCUGAGUUUGUCUUGCAAGUUUCCCUCCAGAGUCAGUCGCAAGAUGUCAGGUUCAGAGGUGUGGAGAGCGGUCGAGCGUUUUUGUUCAUUCAGAUGUGGAGCUCGGGCAAUGUUUAUCCCUGUAUAGGAGCUUUCAACAACCCCAACAUCACUCUUAGUGGGUUUGGUUUCGAUCCCAUGCUCGUGUACAAUUGCUCGUUUCUUUCACCUGAGGAUCAGGUGGUUUCAUACGGCCGUGUAGAUUAUGUCAAUCACACAACCAUGGUGUGUUACAGCAUCGGUAAGUUUGAACGUGAGGCGAAAUUGACCAUGAGACUUCAGCUGUCUUCCGGCGAUAUCAACCUUCCAGACUUUGAGCCAAUCAAUCUUUAUCUGAUCGAAAAGUUCCUGGGAAUCAACCCUAACAGAGCCCCUGGUACAGGAAACAUUACCAUCACAAUCUCUGGAGUGGGAUUCAUUGCUUCAGUUCCGGACGUUUAUCUUGUUGUUGUGCGACAGAAUGAGCUGCCAGUACAAGUAAAGAGUCAAGAGACCAUGGAAUUUAUCAUCCCACCACAAGACGGCCUCAUCAACUUGGUAGAUGUAGUUGUCAGAACAAGUUUCUUGAAUUGCCCAGCAAUCACUUCCAACGAGAUAGCAAGGUUUCAAAACUUUGGUUACAAUGCCAUCAUCGAAGAUUUUACACCCAAGUCCGUCGAUCUCCUCAACAAGUACGUCCUUCAGCCUGUCCUGGAGGUAUCUGGCGCUGGGUUUGAAUACACCAAGACAUACAACGUCGAUUAUACUUUGAAUGAGAACUUCCCCAAUUUCUCCCUCCCUUGCGCUUUCUCGAGCACAAAGCUGCUGAUUUGUGAGGUGCCAGUAUUGAAUAUCUCCCUGAUUCAGUGGUCAGCAGGGUACGAGGUCCAGGCUCAGGUCUCUAUCUUUGCUGUAAAUGGCAACAGGGCACAAGUUCCCAAGUCAUCAAGCUUCCAAGCCGCUGACGUCCUGAAGUACGUCCAGAUAAACUCUCCUCCGUUCUUCCGAGGAAAGUCGGUCUUCUCGACUGGACAGGAAAGGAUUGCAGGAUGGGCUACAUACAUUCACGCGGGUUACUACAACGGAGAGGCGAUAGCGUAUGAAAACAGUCAGAAUAUCACAUUCCGUGUCUACCUCUCCGGCACGAACUUAGCUGAAUCCAGCAUCUUCACGAAAUUUCCUUCCGUGGACCCACAAGGAAAUCUUGAAUUCGACGCUGCCAUCCCAGGAGCCGUGGAAAUCGACGUCACUUUGCAAGACAGCGGAGGGACCGAAUACGGAGGUUACGACAAGUUCACGCAGACAUUUAUGAUUGUCAUCGAAGCAACGAAGCAACUUCCCAUCUCUGUUUCUUCGUUUGAUGUUGUCGAGAGCAACUUUGAGAAGGAAUAUGUGGUGCCGAAGUUUUAUUCCAACCUCGACUCCUCGAGUGUUUUUGACUUCAUGUCGCAAGUUUCUUUCAUCAUCAACGUUAGCGCUCCUUUCGAGUACGCCCUUGAAGAUUACUUCUCUCAUGUACCAACAAUCGACAGCUACGGCAACCUGCUGUUCAAUGUCAGACCCUAUGUCUUUGGAAAUUUAUCAUUGACAUUUCAGAAAGUGAUUCUCGACACGAGCUCAAACGUCCUCACUCAAUCCGAGGUGAUCAACUUCUACAUCAACAUACUGCCAAGAAACGAUCCUCCCUACAUCGUCCUGUCCAACCUGAUGCUCUCUGGACUCGAAGACCAAUGGGAUGCCGGUCAGGCUUUCUAUGACUUUGCCCAGAAGUUUCCAGGUCCCAUCAACGUCACAACAGUCGGACCGCAGAACGAGGACUGGCCGGAAGCUCUUCAGAUUGUCAGUUUCUCACUUUUGACGUUGUCCUACGAUAUGUUUGGUGAGGUUCCUGCUCUGUUCGCCAACGGUACUCUCAACUUCGCAACUCAGCCCAACGCGUUCGGGAGUUCCAACAUUUCCCUGUACGCCUUUGACGACGGAGGAACUCUUAAUGGAGGAUCGAACACCUCCAAGAUGUACCAUUUCUCCAUCGAUGUCCAGCCAGUGAAUGAUCCUCCCUUCAUGGAAUUUCUUUGCCAGGCUGAGAAUGCAAACUACCCCAAGUUGUCUUGUGAAUAUUGUGACAACAUCACGAGCUAUGCGUGUAAACUUCAGGUCCUGCAGAAUUGCAUUGACUGCCCGGGGCCAGAUCUCUGCCUUGAAAAAUUCCCACUCCCCUUAUACAACUUUUCCUCUGCCGCCCCUGGGGUCCCUGGGGAGGGCAACCAGAGCAUUUGGAUGUACUAUAACUCCUCCUCUACUUCCGGGCUUCAGAUCUACAACCUCUCCUUCCUGAUCGAAGACGCAGGCAAGGCGGCGAGCGUGUCCUUCUGCCUGGAGCUGGACUCUACCGGCCAAGAGACGGUCGACGUGUUCCUAAAAGACUCCGGAGGGACGGAGAACGGAGGGAUUGACACGUUCGGCCCCUUCAAGCUAGAGAUCGAGAGUCUGGCAGUGAAUCAGCAACCGAGCUUCGACCUCUGCCAAGGAGGGCAGGGAGCGACGUGCUGUGAAGCCGGGGUCUGCUGUGGCUCAGCUUACAGCGUGUGGGAAGGAGACAGGCAGGUCAGCGAUGGAUCAGUAGUAACGCACGUGCUGAAAGGAAACCAGAACAAGGAGGGGAUAGACAACGAAAGGCAGCAGCUCCUGACCUUCAGUAUCAUCGCCAACGUCACUCAGGAGGACUUUGUCAACGGAUCGCUAGUCCUGAACACGUCAAAGUCGAUCAGCGACCUCGUUAGCGACAUUCAGAUACGAAACGUCAGCGACUUCUACGUCUUUGAAUUCCUGCUGAAGCCCUGGACUAGCGGCGUUGCUGAGCUGGAAAUCUUUGCGGUCGACGACGGGGGUACCGUGAAUGGGGGGAUCAACGUUUCACAGACACACUACCUCACGCUGAGCGUACUGCGGUAUUACAUCCAACUCAUCAUGUAUCCUCAGUACACGAUGGAUUCUUUGAUACCGGGAGAUCGCAUCUGUCAGAAGUUGAAGGAGUGGCUUCAAAGUGAGACAAAGCAAGUUGCGUUCACGAGCGAAGUGCUACAGGUUGGAUCAAUGGAGGGGCCUGGCAAUGGAAGUUUGAUCUUUGAGAUUCGCAAUCCGCUGUUUGCAAACAUCAAGAAGGUGUUUGACUACCUGUCAAACUUUGAGCAGAAGUUUGUGAUGCCUGGUUUGAACUUCACGAACCUGUCGCUCUCUCUGCAUGCGAGGUCGAAUUAUUCCAGCGAUGUCACCUUCACAACACGUAACGACUCGUUGGAUCUGAAGCAAGGAGGUCUGAUAGAGGAGACACAGUUCAUCAAUAUUGAAUUCCCUCCAAGGGAUUCCUAUGUCAACAGUCAAGGUCAGCAGAUCGUUGAGUUCUCAGUCAUCGCCGUGACAUAUCGGGCGUACACUGGUGAUGCUUUACAACCUGCUGAUGGAGUUGAUCCUGGCAUUCUUGUUCUCACCUUCAAGCCCGUAUGCGAUCCCAUGUGCCGAUCCGCCGACCUGGAGGUCCAGGCGAGCGAAUCCCGCAACGGAUUUGUAGAGUACAACAUCAGCCUGGGGGACUCAUGGCACAUCCUAAACCUCAACGUGAUCCCUAAGAACUUGAGGCCGUUCUUCGAGUUCAACGGUUCUUACUUCUUGUACGAGGACAUGAUGGAGGUCAACGGGUUCCUGCUGAACGUUUCUGCUGGUCAUCAGCAGUACGACGAGAGGUUUCAAAACCUCACCUUCUCCUUGUUGGUCACGACAGGCGAGGAGAAACUUGUAGAGUCACCCACACUAAUCUUCGUCCACGACGGUGAAAACUUGGGAAAGGGAUACUCGAUGCUGAAUAUCUCGCUGAUCCACAACGAGAAUGAGUACGGGGGGCAGAACGUGUCGCAGGUGACGGGGAUCGAGAUCGAGAUCAUUCCGGUGAACGACGCCCCCACGUUCGAGGUGCCUAACUCCACAGCCUCGGCUAUCGAAGACUUCGGCGUGUACAACCAGUCCUUCGUAGAGAAUAUCUCGCCUGGAGCCGACAACGAGUGGUACCAGCAGCUGACCUUCGUCUUCGACUGGGCUGAGCCAUACACGGGCAUGUUCGACAUUGCUCCGUACAUCGAGAUACAGAACAGGACAGGCUACUUGAUCUUCAGGACGGGUCACAAUGUGAACGGGAACUUCUACUUCAACAUCACGCUACAGGACAACGGAGGCGUAGAGUACGGGGGGCAGAACGUGUCGCAGGUGACGGGGAUCGAGAUCGAGAUCAUCCCGGUGAACGAUGCCCCCACGUUUGAGAUCAGUCAGACGGAGAUCCCCCUGCUUGAGGACUUUGGGACGAACUCGGUAGCUAUCUUCCAUAACAUCAGCUCUGGGCCGAGUGACGAGCAGUCUCAGUCGUUGAGCUUCGUGAUAACCUGCUUGCAGUUCGACUGUCUUGACAUCUUCGAUCAGAUUCCUUAUGUAGAGAAGGAUGGCAGCGAUGGUACCCACCUCCUCUACUCCAAACCCAACCAGAAUGGGUUUGUCUCUCUUGAAAUUCUUCUGUUUGACGACGGAGGAACAGCCAACGGAGGAACGAAUGUCUCCGAACUUCACGUCGUGAACGUCACUAUCUCAGCUGUGAAUGAUGCUCCUACCUUCAAUUGCACUGCAACUCUGGCCGUGUUGGAAGCUUCAAGUUCGAGUCAGCUGUACAGCAACACAGACGUCCUCUCUGAUAUACGACCAGGACCCCUGACGGCCUACGAUGAAGUCAACCAGUCCUUGUCGUUCCAGGUGACAACAAACGCAUCUGAUUUGUUCGAGAUCCAGCCCAGCGUAGAGAUUGUGAAUGGGCAAGGGAACUUGACAUUCCAGCUCAAGAGCUUUCUGGAUGGAGCAGCGAUGUUGACGCUUGUUCUUGUUGAUAAUGGUGGAUGGGACAACGGGGGGAUCAACACUUCUGAACCUCACUAUCUCAUCUUGACGAUCGUGCCCGUCAACAACCAACCUUCGUUCUCACAACUUCUUUCAUGUCUGGUCGUGCAGUACUCAGCCCGUUGGCAACGAGGGCGAGUUGCAGAAAACAUCACAACUGGGCCGUUGGAGGAAUUUCAGGACUACAGCUUCCGGGUCGAAUUUGCUGACGGCGACUUCAGUCUGUUUCAAGAAACUGAGAUAGAGGUAAACAAAGAGGGGAAUAUCACGGUCCGAGCUCCCAACACAUCAGCAUCAUACGGUCAGUUUGUGAUUCACGUCUUUCUCGAGGACAACGGGGGAACAGAAAACGGCGGGGUGAACAGGUCGGAGCCACACAACUUUACGGUGGAGAUCGAGCCUUACUGGUACCUUGUCCAACAUGAUUACCAAGUCCUUGAAAACUCAGACGGCACCUUCACUCUCUCAGCCUUUCAAGAUCUUGCGGUCUUGCCCUUGAACAACAAGUACUUCAUAGCCCUCUCUGUCUUCGAGGUAAGGAUCCCCUACGAGGCCAACGCUACCACCAACGUGACGUUCUUCGACAUCGCACAGAGCGAUCGGCAGUACUGGUUGCUGACAUCUGAGGCUGGUUGUACGGCCAACCUCAACGGAAACAUCACAUGCCCCCUCGCCCCUCAGCGGAAUGGUCUCAUCGUGUUCGACUUGACGUUGGAGAGGAACUUCUCCGACAGCUGCGAACGCGUCCAGGGCUCAGUGGUGCCCUAUCGCGUCAACUUGAGAAUCCUGGAGGUCAACCAGCCGCCGACGUUCUCCCUGCUCAACGAGAGCGUCACAAUCAAGGAGGAUGCUGACAAAACUCGACUGAAAGUUGCAGGCAACGUUUCUCGGGGAGGUUGGAACGAACAAGCUCAGGACUUGACAUGGGUGAUCUACCCCGUUGAAGGCGAGCCGGGCUUGUUGGAUGUCGAGAGUAUGGUAACGGACGGAGAGUUUGGGGUUCUCAUCAUCAAGCCAGUCCUCCAUCGCUUUGGGAGUGCCUUGUACAGCUUGUACCUGCGUGAUAGCGGAGGAGGAGACGAUUCAAGUCCGAUCUCCAACAUCACGAUUGAUGUUUUGCCUGUCAAUGAUCCUCCCUACUUCGAGCUCGUGACCGACAGGUUUGCUCUUGUGGAAGAUACAGGCUGUCUUGGUCCUGCCGGAGAUAUUUUUCAGCCUCCGCUGGAAAGGUCUUGCACGGACUACAACUCCUUGUCGCAUCGAUACUCCUCGUUUGCCUACGCCAUCUCAUGUGGCGUGUUCGAGGAUGGAACUGGCUCUGAGAACUGCCCGGAGAGGUACUCGUGCGAAACGCAAACAGCUACUUUUUUUAUUGUCCCUGAUGACAUGAACGCAAGCAAAGCGAUCUUCGAUUCAGAACCUGCUCUGGAUUAUGCGGACGGGAGCCUGUCGUUUACCUUGAAACCGCAUGUAUCAGGGACUAUCUCUUUCUCAGUCUACCUUCAAGACAACCAUACGGCUGAUGGGACGCAGAAGAUGUCGAGGGCAUUGAAGCUGACCAUCGAUGUUCUGUUUCAAAACUUGCAGCCUGCCUUUCAACUUGUGCUUCCUGAGAUCUCAUUCUUGGAAGACUCUAGAAGCGACCUGCUCCUGUUCGCGGAGAACAUCAGCUCAGACGGUCAUGCGAGCAUGUACGAACCGUCUCAAACUGUUUCAUUCUUCACCUCUGCUGCUCCGUCCGACGUGCUUCUGGUCAACACAUCCAUCAUCAAUGGCUCUGGCUACAUCCAAGUCAUCCCAGACCCAAAUUACUGCGGCAUCACAUACGUGAACUUAUCACUACAGGAUGAUGGAGGUACGAUGUAUCGUGGACAAAACUCAACUUCCAUCUAUCAGAUCAUGCUAAAUGUCACUUGCGUUGAUGAUCCGCCGUCCUUUGCCAUAUCUUCACAGUACUCCAAUUAUCAGCUCUCUGAAAACCAUGGCAAAGCAAUCCUGUCGCAAUUCCUUGUUGACGUCAGCCCGGGGCCAGCCAACGAAGCAAGUCAGACACUGUCCUUGGUCGUCGAAAGAAUCUUCCCGCCAAACGCGUUUGCCAAGUUCCCAUCUCUCACAUUCAACGCGAAGUUUGGAGAGCUUGUGUUGUACUUCACUCCAUUCUUCUCGGGCAACAUUUCCAUCGACUUUCGGCUUAAAGACAACGGAGCGUCGGGUCUGCCGCUAGAUGAGCCAUUCAGCAUUGUACAUCAUUUCUCAUUGCAGAUUGUCUCCAUCAAUGACCCGCCAGACUUCCAGUUCGCAAAUGUUGACCAGGGCAACGUAUCCGCCGAUCGCCUUUGGGUGUCAGAUAUGACCAAUCAAGUCUGCAUGAGCGACAAGCAGGUCAAACAUGUUCAAGUCUAUGAAAACGUCAGGUCACUAUGUGUGGACAACUUUGCUACCAUGAUCUCAACAGCCAAAUGCUUCCUGCCAGCAUCUUUGUCUAGGUACAACCUGUCCUCAGACGGUUGGUUGAACUAUGUUUCCCAUGGAGUGGACAAGAUCGGCCAAGAGCAGGGACUUUUGUCGUCGCAGGCCAGAGCUUUCAGUCCCGACGGAAGAUACGUGUAUGGUGUGGAUAUGUAUGAGAAUUCCAUUUCAAUCUACAGGCUCAACAUCACAGGGAGCAAUAUCUUUGUCGACAGACUUGUUGAUGGGGAGGAGAGGAUCAAGAUGGAAAAGGUCAGCACUGAUAUGCCUCAAGGGUCCAAAUUUCUAUCGUUCCUCUGUGGAUGGGAAAGUUUCAGCAGUGGCAACAGUACUUUCUUGAUAUCAGCAAACGGCUGCCCGACUCUAGCUGAGCUCGCCUCUUCUGCAAGCCCACAGCAGAACGCAGGCAUACCUCUGCCAACAAGUUGUGUUGGGUCAUGGGAUUUCAACGGUCAAAGUCUGCAACGUUCGCACGUCAGUGAUCAAGUGAACAACUUCAGCUCGGGUCAAACUGUGUCCUGCACUGGAGAAUCUUGCACCUACAUCCGGAGCAGCACCGCUAGUGACUGCCGCCAAUCUUCUGACACCACCAUCGCUGAUGCUGUCUUCACGGACUCCAGCUCAGGACUUGGAGGGUUGGUGCUGACAGGCCCAAGGUGCUCUCUUCACUUGGACGUGGCAGCUCCUCUCCCCUUGAGCUCUCGCACUUUUCUGGUCAACAACGGCAAGUUCGAGAGCAUGCAGCUCGACGGCAACCUCAAUGUCGGGCUCUACAUCACUGACGACAUUGAGCUGCUGGAUCCCUUCAAGAGAAAUCAGCUGCCCAGCAGCAGCCUAGCCGUUGAAGUGCUCUUCACCAUGGAGCGAGAUUCAACCCCGUUCUCCGGGCUGGUGGGAGUCUACCAGCAGAACCCAGACUGCCUGUCAGGUUGGAGGCUAGCGUACAGUAACAUCAUGGACGCCAACGGAGGUUCGACGACUUUCUUCUUCGAGAUGUCCCUAGAGGGCAGUACAGCCAGACUGGUCCACGCCGUCACUCCUGCUCUUGACCUCUACCGAUGGACUCACGUGGUUGGUACUUACGAUGGAAGGAACGUGACGCUGUUUGUCAAUGGCGAGAUGGUUCAUAGCGUCCAUGCAUGUGGACAGCAGCAAUGUGGCGCUAUCACGUACCCUUUCAUGUCUCAGCGCAAGUGCGCAGCCUCUAGGGUCCCUUUCACAGUUGGAAACCUGGAGGACAGGGAGACUGGCGAUGUUUUCCCGCACGUUGGCCUGCUGAAACACGUAAAGAUCUUCAAGAGCUCGUUGACACGAGACCAGGUUGUCUCCAUGUAUCAAUGGGCGAAGGGAGAAAUCCCCAAAGUCUUCCCGUUCAAGGAAGAGUACUGGGUCAGCACGAGAAGUCCUCUACCCAACGGAUGGAACUCUCCUUCUCUUACGUGGAGUCCCAUCGAGACAAACGCGAGCAUGAAGGUCAUCGGUAACUUCAAGGCCAACGAGCGAUAUCGUUGCCGAUUCUCAUACGGCAGUCACUCGAUGGUUUCUGCUGAGGCCAACCUGUCCUGUUCCUCCCAGUCCUGUACCUCGAUCUUUUGUGUGACCCCUCCUUGGGACUUUGGCUUCAGACGUACUUCAGUCUCUGUUGAGAGGUUCGUACAAGAAAGCAACCUGACGGACUGGGGAUGGAUUCCCUUAAUACAGCGAGUUUGCCUGCAGCGAGACUGCGGAUUCAUUCCUACGACUGAGCGCACGACCAGGUUGUGGUACACGACAGCGGCAGGAUACCUCAAUCAGAACCUGACCGGAACUUUCACUUCAUUCUACUUCCUGACAUCUAGCGAAGUCUACCAGAGGGCAGCGAAUGAUUCGACCUGGACUUUCGUCACGACUCUGCUGCCUUGGUCGUUGAGCAGAGAAAACUGGGAGGCCUCGACACCAGCGCCCUUCCAAUCCUGUGGAUAUUCUUCAUUUCUACAUUUCGAGGUCGGCGGGAAUGAUUAUUUCCUCGCGGCAAGGAGCUGGGAUUCAGUAUCAUUACAAGUGCAUUCUUACCUGUUUGGUUUCAAUCGCUCCAACAGUCUUCUUUAUGAGAUUCAAGCCGUUCCCACGAACGGAGCAAGACAGUGGACGAUCAUCGAUCAUAACAUGACGCAGAUGAAGUAUGCUAUCGUCGUCAACUAUGUUGGAUCAAGUUAUGCGUACCCGAUCAUUGAGGAUGGAGGUUCUAUUUCGCUUGCACUGGCGAACAGAACAGAAAUAGACAAUCAGCACUCAUCUGCUAUCACCAACUUCUCAUAUGGCGGACAAGAUUACAUCGCACUGACUUCGUUCGCUCCCUCUUGUCCAUCAUGUCCUCUAGCGACGUUGUAUCGUAUUGUUCAAGAUUCAGAAGGACUAGUUCUUGACAAAGUUCUCACCCUCAACGACGCAUCGCCACUUGCUUCUGGAGUUGCUACGAAGAUUAUUGGGAACUAUCUGCAUGUUGUGAUAUCCAUCCUUGAUGAUACACAACCCUCGCUCGUCUACAAGUGCUCUGCUAGCAACGCUCUGACAUGUCUGCGAGUUCAGAACAUUUCUACAACAAUGGCUGAAUCGGUUUCCUUCUACGAAUGGUCAAGGGAGAUUUUCCUAGUGGUCCCUCAGGGCUCCAGCGCCUCCCUCUUCUUGCGAUGGAAUGAUGGAUUCUUCCUUGAGCUUGAAGAAUGUCCAUCUCGAACUGACUUCGGGGGCGGUCAGGCAAUUCUUACUCCCAACGCUGUCUCAGUCAAGCUGCUGCAAGACUACCUGGAUGCCUCAGUCUCUUUGAUCUUUGCAACCCGAGACGCAGUGAGCGGGAUAUCAGAGCUUACCUGGAAACCGAUCUACAGCAAAGUUCAGUACCUUGAGGGACCUGUCUCGAUCGUUGCAAGCAACAUCAGCGUGUAUGUAGCUGCAAGAGAGUCUCAGAAAAUUCUGCUGUUUUCGAGGAAUCCGGAGAGUGGACAACUUCAUCAGAACAACGACACCGUCUUGUACGAUUCAGCUCUGGGAUUGCAGAGCAUCGCCAUUUCCUCUGACUAUCAGAAUCUGUAUGCAGUGUCUGACUUGCUGAAUACUGUUAUGAUCUUCCAAGUGGAUAGUACAACAGGAAUGCUUUCCUUCAUGGGAAAGAUCACCGAUGGGGAUCAAACAGACAACAAUCGUGUUGUCGACGGGCUGAUUGGAGCGCACAGUGUGUUUGUAAGUGGGUAUGGCACCCGCGUCGUCGUCGCCUCCUUCUACGAUGGCGCUUUGUCCUCGUUCAGCCGAGAUGCUGACGGGCAGUUGAGAUACAUCGACGUCAUCAAGGACGGGGAAAGAAACUUCAACGACUUCAAGGAUUCCUUCAAUGAUUGCCUUGACCCCAAGGCGUGCCCGAAGAUCUUGUGGACUUCUCGCUCCCUGGGUUUCCACCAGUUCUCUGCCGGGAGCAAGAACUUCUUGCUGAUCGCCAACCAGACCGUCGUGGGCUCCAACAACUCCGUAGACAUCGUGAUCAUGCGCAGGCAGAAUGACGAGUUUACAGCUGCGCAAGUGAUUCAGAACUCUGAGCCAGCGAUGUUUGUCAAGUUCGGAGACAUGUCGCCGACGAGCUAUCCAGACACUGUGAUGUAUUGCUUCUACGUUGCAUAUGCACAUAAGACCUGUGUUUAUCGCCUGAUGGGUGACAAGUUUGAAGAGAUUCAGUGUGUUCCGUAUCUGACGUGCGAUGGGAAAGAAAAUCCGAGUCUGAGUGCGCUGAACUACUUUACGAAUGAGAGAUUUAACAAGAUCAAUCACUAUCUCUUGUUCUCCUACAUUCAUGCCUCAGAUCUCAACUGCUCCGGAUCCGCCCUGUAUUCCUGGAGUUCUACGGAGCUAAAAUUUCAACAAGUCAACAGGGUCGCCAACGUGAAUGCUUCCUUGGCAAGAUUGGACAGGUUGAACCAUCUCAUCGUGUCGAUAGAGGAAGAGACGCAGUAUGACAUUCAGUUCUGGAUGAUCGACUAUAACGUGUCGAGCUGCGACAUUGUGAACGGGAUCGUCAAGAACGAGCUUCAAUGUUCAAACAUCACCUUCGCAAGGUACAACAGCUUCUCCCUGCCAAAGGCCGAGAACAUUGACAUCGAGGUGGUCAAAGCGUCUUACAAGAACACAAUGACGGACCUCCUUGUUGUGGGUUUGGGAAAUUCUCCUGGGCAGGCCAAAUGCGUCUCGUUACCAGUUUACAUUCUAGACUCCGACAGCAGGACCUACGUGUUCCUUCAGAACCUUGGAAGUGAAUUCAAGAGUGUUCCCACGAUCAGAGCUGAUGUUUACAGCCGCAAACUGUUCUGCCUGCCGACUUGUCUGAAUUCCGACACCGAUUUCUCAACUCCUUGCUUGCGCGGGGUGAAGAAGUUGUACAGCUUCGUGUCCGAUGGCACGACUUACCUGGCGAUCGGGCAAGUCGCGAGUGUCAACGCGCAGCCGAAGUCAACGAUCUUGCAGUACAACGUGCAGCUGAAGAAGUUUACUGAAAUGAGCUCAAUCACUGAGUACGAGAACUUGCGGCUGAGGAACAGGGACCUGACGGAGUAUCAAGUCUCCCACCAUGGCUACAACCUGAGGAUCGAUGCAGGAGGGAUCACUGAAUGGCAGUACUACGAGUCAAACUCUGGCCCGAAGCUCAUGGCCAUGAGCCUGGAGUAUGGGGUGGUGGUCUACUCCUUCUACUUCAACAAGGUUGACUCGCUCAUCGGUGCUGUUUCUGUCGUCUCGGACGACGAGGGAAAGAGUAUCAUGGUAGCCAACGGCAUCAACAAUGCCAUCGCGUCCUUCGCUGAAGUUGCUACCAGCACCGCCUUUUCUGGUUGGCGCUGCAACGCACAGACUUGUUUGCAGCCGCGGAAUUCAACAACCGGAGCUUACAUGGGAGUGAAUGGGAUGUACAUCCAACAAACUUCUUCCAGCAUGACGACUGUGGCUGUGUUUGGAAGUACCUUCCCCGAUGAGAGGUUGUGCUGCAAGAACGGGGCCUCGCACUUCCCUUGUCAGAGUGUGGAGUUUCACGUACAGAGUCAAGACUGGCAACUUGUUCUGGAAGAGAUGCCGACGAUAUCCCCGAAUGGAACUCUCUGCUUCACGUCCAGGGGUAUCAGAGGAGAGUCGUCGUUCUCUGCUAGCAUCUCCGACCACGCUUUCAACUUCAACGUCCCUCAGGUCGACUUGACAAGUCCUCUCCACAACUUCACGAUCAGAGUCCUGCCCACCAAUCACAUCCCGACGUUCCAGGCGACUGACGUUACCGGCAUCUCAGGAGCGAGGCAGCUGCUUGUGUUUGCGCACAAUGUCUCAGCUGGAGAGAACGAUGUCAACCAGUCGCUCACCUGGUCGUUCAAUUUCGACUCUCCUGAGCUCUUCGUCGACCCUCCAUCUCUCGGUUUCUCAGCUGACGGGGGUCAGCUGGUGGGAACUCUGUCCUUCUCUACCGCCCGGUUCGCCUUCGGCUCUGCUCGUUUCCGCGUCAUCCUCUCCGACAACGGGCCGGGAGAUCCCGCGACAGGAAACUACAACAGGUCGCUCGAGCAAACGUUCACCCUCCUCCUGUUCAGCCCCAACGCUCCUCCCUCGUUCACUCUCCUCCCGCAGAUAGCCAUCCUGGAAGGCACCGAGUCUCAUUGCUACCUUAACUUUGCUACCAAGAUAUCGCCAGGCCCCUGGUUCGAGGCCAACCAGAGCAUGACCUUCUCGCUCAGGGACACUGCUGCUGUUGCCAGCGCCUGGAACGGGAGCCAAGUGUUCUCUUCCUUCCACCUGUCGCUCAACGGAACACUCUGCUUCUCUGUUGGUCAGUAUGUCAACGGAGACUUUGACGUCACAGUCACGCUGCAAGACGACGGAGGGACUGCAAGGAAUGGUUCUGACCUCACAACCUCCACCUUUUCCCUCCACGUUCAGCCUGUCAACACAGCGCCCUCGUUCCGCACUCUCUUCAAUCACCUUAUCAUCCCGAGCCUUGACAGCGGAACGUACAGCAAGCAGGUCCUGCAGCUCGUUGAGCAGCCGCUGGACGAGAGGAAUCAGAAGCUGAGUUUCAUCAGCUCGCUCCUGGGCGACUGCAACUCCUCCUUGUUUGUCCAGCGCCCGCACGUGAACCUGUCGGGGUAUCUCAACUUCGACUGGCAAGGGUUCUGGCAGGGGACUUGUGACGUCAGCGUCGUCCUCGUCGACGACGGCGGGACACUCAGGGGAGGAAGGGACUCGAGCGACAAGCUCCUUCUGACUCUAAAUUUCCUCAUCGUCAACCAGCCGCCCUCGUUCUCCAUCCCUCAGCCCGACCUCAAAGUCAUCCAGGGUUCUGAAUACAGCCUGCCCAAGUUUGCGACGGACAUCAGUCCUGGAACGAGAAUGGAGGCGUUUCAGAGUGUCACGUUCCUAGUCAGCGUCAUUCCCGAUGGCUCCUACCUCUUCACCAACAUGCCUUCGUUGCGUCAAGACGGCACUCUUACCCUGUCCACCUCUCCUGAGGAGUUCGGAGUUGUCGUGCUGCAGAUCUUGGCGCUGGACAACGGCGGGACGGCGUUUGGAGGAGAGGAUACCAGUGCGUUGCACGAAGUUCGAGUGGAGGUCUUGCCAAGGCCGAAGAUCCUCAGCGUCGCCCCUUCGUUAGCAAACAUGCAGGGCAACACGUCCGUGCAGAUCAACGCCUUGUUUGUGGAGCCGAGGCUGACCAACUCCUCCUUCGAGCUCCAGGUCCUGCUGGGCUCCUCCUAUUGCCUCGACGUCUCGCUGGUGGGGGGGAUCAUCGAGUGUCGCACGCCUCCCCUGUCAGGGUCGGUGAACGUGCAGGUGGUAGUGAAGGAGGGGGAGGUGUCGAGAUCGAGCAACGUUGAGCAACCAUUCUUGUUCGGCCGAUCGGUCGUUGCUGGUUUGAAAUCGUCCGGUUCUGGUUUCAUCGCACUGGAGGUUGCGGAUUCGAAGAAUGCUUCCAACUCUUCCUUUUAUCCUCUGGUUAGCGCAUCUUUCUCAACCGUCACAUCCACCGUGAUGUACAAAGAUCUGCUCUACUUCUCUUCCGUCUUCGAGAGUCAGACCGGCGAAACUUCUCCUAACGUCAUGCAAGUUGACGGUCAAAGUCAGAAGUUGCUUGCUUACAGUCUGGAUGGAGCGGUUAACACGAUGGUCAGGAGCACGUCCAUGGCAUGCGCAGGAGUGAUCGCAUGGAACGGUAGCUGGUGGGUCAACUUUGGUCCGCAAGACCUUGUAGGAGCUGUCUUCAGCUUGGCCGUCGCGGGUCAGAACUUGUACAUUGCCGGCAAGUUCAAGUCACGGGACCCCAACGGAUGUCGGUACGUGUGCUACUACGAUGGGAGCCAGUGGCAGAGAGUGGGGAGCAGGAUCGAAGGAGGGACAGUGUACAAGCUUCUGCUAGAGCAAGGGCACUUCUUCAUCGGAGGAGCCUUCAGGCUCGCAGGAGAGACGGGGGAGCGCAACUUGUGCAGGCUUCAGGACGGAGCAUGGCAGAGCCUCGGGGACUUCGACGCUAGCGUGAAGGCCCUGUCGCUGCUAGGAGACUACCUGUAUGUAGGAGGAGACUUCGUUAGCGUCGACGGGCUCUCCUACCCGCACAUCGCUCGCUUCCAUGUGUUCACGGGAGUGUGGGCGACGAUAGGAGGAGGAGUGGACGGGAGCGUGACGAGCAUAACGAGGGUGGGAACGUGCCUCUACAUCGGAGGAUCGUUCCUACAUCCCUUCCCCUACUCCUCCAAGAUCUGCCUGGGUGCAAAGGCUGAGUUUGAGAGCUUGAGUGGGCAGCACGUGCAAGGGAGCGUACAAAGCAUCAUCAGCUUGCAGAAGGAUCUGCUGGCCAACGAGAAUUCGGUUUUAGAUUCCAUCGCGCUUGCUAUCAAUCAGCGCGUCGCUACCAACUGA